AAUUUCGGGGGGUGUUUUAGAUUUUCUUUAGGAACGCUGAAAAGACUUCGAGUGGAGUAGUACUAUUUUUCUCACUGGAAUUUCUCGUUUCUGAAUCCCGUUGAGAAAGGCUCCUUUUUUCAUUCUACCAAAACCCUAAAAUCUCUCCCCCAAUACAGAAAUCAUCGUCGUCGAUUUUGUAUUGUAUAUGUAUGUGUGUAUAUGCUACGCACAGACAUGGUAGAUUGUUAUGCUCGCGAUGCAUCAGCAUCACCAGUCGACUCCGCCACCUCCACCUUCAUCCGCCUCCUCUCUUAGAUCCGCCACCGCCGCCGUCCCCAUCGCCGCUCAGUUUCCUUCGACUUUUCCGCUUUCUCUGGGGCGGGAUAAUGUAAUUGCGUUGCCAAUGGCUCAAGCACACCCACCUGGGGAGUUUGGUGCGAUCCCGCUUCAGCCUUUGGCAAGGGUUAAGCUUUCUGAUAUUCUGCCCUACGACGGUGCUCCUGCGGGGGGCUAUUUGCGUGCCGUGGAUGCCUUGUCUAGCUCGCUGAUGAGGCACAAUGCCGCAGUGAUUGAGCUCGGUGCCGAAGAUGCUGCGCUGCUCCGCUGUGGCCUUGAAUCCGCCAGGUUUUAUUUUAAGACUCGGGUUGUAGCUCACGGGGUGGCUGCCGGGAAUAGCCCAUGGAAGGGUACUCGUGGGGUUUAUACGUACAGGGCAGGAAGGCCAUUGGAAGACAUAGAUUCAUCUCCCCCGUGCAUGGCUGAUGUCUUUCAAUGCAUGGGAAAGGCAGCUCGUGCUGCUUUAUGUGCAGUUGCUAGACAUCUUCGUUUGCGAAGCGAUGUUUUUAACCACUUGCUUGAUGAUAACCCAUUGCCGCCUAAUGAGCCUUCUUCAUCCAUUCUUGUUGCAUCCUUCUCUCCUACAACCUCACAGAAUGGGAAAGGACCAAUUGAGGGAGCGAAGCUCCCAUCAACUAAUGAAGUAGAAAAAGGGUUGUUAACAUUGAUUUCCUCUGAUACUGCUGGUCUUCAGGUAUGUGACCCCAAUAGUCGUUGGUACCUAGCAGAUAGUGGUCUAGCUCCUGGAGAUCUGUUAUUGCUUACUGGAAAGGCUCUCAGCCAUGCAACUGGCGGCCUCCGCCCUGCAGCCACAUACAGGGCAGCUUUUGAUUACUAUCUGGGUAGUACUACUGGUGGAAGGACAUCAUUGGCAUUUAGGCUCAUGCCACAAAGCAAUGCUGUUCUUGAUUGUUCUCCAAUUACAGCUGCUGGUCAUGUCAUUCCUCAAAGCUAUGUACCGAUUUCUGUAAGCCAGUUUUUGGAUGACCUUUCUGCUGAGGAAGACAUCUUUUGUAACAGAACCGAUACUGCUUAUGUAGUUCGAGGCAAUCCUAAUAAGGAACAAUCAUUGAGAAGUGUUCUGUCUGAUCCCUUAUCUGGCGCAUUCCUGGAAGAUGCUAUGUUCGUUUCAUGUGGACAUUCCUUUGGUGGUUUAAUGCUAAGAAGGGUUGUUGAAACGGAAAGAUGCACACUCUGCAAUGCAGAAAUUGAUCCUGGAUCUUUAAUCCCUAACCUUGUAUUAAGAGCAGCAGCUGCUGCAGUGAAGCAUGAGGAUGACCGGAGAUUAUUCCAUAAUGCUGCCCUCAGGAAGCGCAGGAAAGAAGUGGGUGAAUUCAGGGUUCCAACUUUGCAGGAAAAUGGGGAAGUUCCUUCUGAAAAUUGUCCAUACAAAGGUGUUCAGUACCCGUUCUCGGUGAAUGAGAAAGUUGUUAUUAAGGGAAAUAGGAGGACACCAGAUAAAUUUGUUGGGAAGGAAGCAAUAAUCACCUCACAAUGUCUUAAUGGCUGGUACUUGCUUAGGAUUCUCGACAGUGGAGAGAAUGUUCGCCUUCAAUACCGCUCUCUGCAGAAGUUACUGACUUCCCAGGAAACCGAGGAGAGAUGCCAUUCACAGCCGGUUCAGAGCAACAGCUGAUAGUUACCCGUCUCAUGUAAAUGACCUUUUGGACCCUUGCAUUACAAUUCCUCCGAAUUUGAAAUGUAUCCUGUAAAUUGUUAGUUAUUGUUUAAUUAAAUUAUCAUUGUAGAGAUAGAGAGAGAGAGAGGAAAAGAAAGAGGAUAAAUUUCAGAGUCCUCUGAAUUGGUAGGCCGGCUUAAAGAGCAUUUUCACUCACAGGAGAGAAAAGGAUACGGGGAUAACGGACAUAUGAAUGUAUCUGUAAAAUAGUUUUGGCCUAGGAUUUAUAAGUUUGAGGUAACCCUGAUAGAUCAUAGAUUUAAGUUAGAAUUUUAGUUUACCCUUGUUCUCUCCAUCAAUUAAUCAGUUCAUUCCCAUUUUGAAAUGGGACAGAAGCUUUGCUUCAAAAUUCUAUUUUCUGAGAGAUAGAAGAUUCAGCCUUCAGGGUUCUUGAGGAAAUGUAAAAUAAUGAACUGAAGCCCAAUAUAAUUGCAUAUAUUUCUUUAAUUGUGUGCAA